UUUUUUUUUGUAUUAUUUAAUUCUCCUCUCGAAUUCUCUUCCCCCCUCUUUUUCUUUUCUCUUUUUAACUACUACAAUAUAAAUAAUUGAAAUGACUACAACUAAUCUAACAUUUGAGUUGUUCAUGCUUCCAACUCAAAUAGAUACCAAUACAUUCUGGACUAAUUUGAAGGAAAACAACUACUUCAUCUUGCAACAAACAAAGACACAAAAAAAUGGUAUAAUGAAAAGUGUUUUGGGUACACUUCAAAAUGUAUUAGAUACAAAGCAAUCACCUUAUCGUAUUUUAUUUCGACGUGUAAAUAACACUUUUUUACAAAUUGCUGUGGCAGAAACAGAAAAAGACAUUGAGCUAGCUUGGAGCUGGAUUGAAGUAAAUUUAUUACCUUUACUUGAUAGUCUAGAUAAGGAAGAAAUAGAACCUUUUAUUGUUACAAAGAUAAAUUCAAUUGUUACACGUAGAGACUCCUCCAGUACAGAUGAAAUUUCAACAGAUGAAAAAGUUAGAAAAGCUUCAAGAAGCUUUAGGCAGACAUUUGGUGUAUCUCCAAAUGAAAGACUUGUUAGCUACUAUUCAAGCGCUUAUCAUACAAAUAGAUUUACAAGUCAAGGAUGGAUUUAUAUUAGUGAAAAUUAUUUGGCAUUCUACUCAUAUUUGUUGGGUUUUGAGACUAAAUUGUUAUUAGAACUUAAAGAUGUCCAAGAUAUUAAGAAAGAGCGAUCUAAACGUGGUGUAUUUUCUGAUGCUAUCAAGAUUUAUAUGAAGGAUAAAAGUGAGCAUUUUUUUUCCAAUUUAUUUAAAAGAGACGAAGUAUACGAUAUUUUAGUUCAACUUACUGGGUUAGCUAUGCAGAGAGUAUUAAAGAGUACAGCACUAGAACAUGCACCUGGAAGUGGAACGAUGUCGAUUGAUAUUAAAGAUAGUGAUAUAGAAGCUGUUAAUGAUGCGGAUGUAGCCUCUAAUAGAAUGGCUUCAUUACCUAUAGCUGAUAUUAGAAAAUUAAUGCAACCUCUUAAAACAAAUCUUGAAGCACAAAAACGUGAUGAAAGAUUUAGAGCUAGAUAUAGGCUUCCACUUACAGAACAUCUUGCUUAUUCAUUUAGUAAUACCAUUCAUCCUGUUAACGAAGAGAGCACAUUAAGCCCCAAUGAACGUAUUAUAACGGAAUAUACAGGCAUACUUUCCCUUUCAGAAGCUUAUUUGACCUUUGAAUCAACUGAUAAAAAUAGAUUUUUUGAAGUUGUUAUGCCUCUUUAUACCAUUCGUCGUGUUGAAAAGUUAUUAUCAGAUCGACCUGAGCCUUUUUCUAUAAAAAUCGUGAAUUGGCAUCAAGCUGAAUCUAUUUAUUAUUUGAAUAUAAGUGAAAAAGAUUACGAGGAAUUCUCAACAGCAUUAACUGCUAAUUUAAAGAGUCAAAUUAAACAUAUGAGAAUGAUGAAAAAAUUUUUAACAACAUGCGCUUCUGAAUCUAUUAUUUCUAAUAAAGACCUUGAAGAUAUGAACACAAAUAUUCCAGGUGGAUUAGGCCUACAAUUUGAUUUCCCUGGUGAUCCUAAAAAAUUGAAAGAAAGAAGUAAAAUGAAGCUCUGGAAAAAAUAUUUUAAUGAGUAUGGGCGUAAUUUGACAAUUUCAAAAAAUCCACGUUUUGCGAAACUAAUCCGUGUUGGAUUACCUAAUCGAUUGCGUGGUGAAAUUUGGGAAGUCUGUUCAGGGGCAAUUUAUGAACGGUUCAUGAAUCAAGGAUUAUAUGAUCGCAUCCUAGAAGAAAAUAAGGAUAAGAGCUCGCUAAGUUUAGAAGAGAUUGAAAAGGAUUUAAACCGUUCUUUACCCGAGUAUAAAGCCUAUCAACAACCUGAGGGUAUUAAUAGUUUAAGAAGAGUGCUAAGUGCUUAUUCAUGGAAAGACCCUGAAUUGGGAUAUUGUCAAGCUAUGAAUAUUGUUACCUCCGCUAUUCUUAUUUAUAUGAGUGAAGAGCAAGCCUUCUUUACGUUAGGUAUUUUGUGUGAUGAUUUAUUGCCUGGAUAUUAUAGCACAUCUAUGUACGGGGCUCUUUUGGAUCAAAUUAUUUUUGAACAUUUGUUGGAAAAGACGAUGCCUAAAUUAUAUGCUCAUUUUAAAAAAACUGACAUUCAACUUUCAGUUGCUUGUUUACCCUGGUUCUUAAGUUUGUAUAUCAAUUCUAUGCCAUUAUUAUUUGCGUUUAGAGUUUUAGAUUGCUUCUUCAUGGAAGGUCCUAAAGUACUAUUUCAAAUUGGUCUAGCCAUACUUAAAAUCAACGGAGACAAGCUAUUAGAAGCAGCAGAUGAUGGCACCUUCAUGAAUAUUUUAAAGCGUUAUUUCACUUGUUUGGAUCAACCUUUAUAUCCUAAUUCAGAUAAUCCGAAAGCCAGGAAUUUAACAAAAUUCAAUGAACUAUUAUUAGUUGCUUAUCGUGAAUUCAGUAAUGUGACAGAUGAGCUUGUUAGAGAAUUAAGACAGACACAUCAAUUAAAGGUCGUUGCAGGCAUUGAGUCCUUUACAAAGCGAUCUGCAGUACGUAACUUGGACAAUACAGCAGGUUUAAAUAAAACAGAAUUAGGUAUUAUAUAUGAUAAGUUCUAUAAUGUACUUUAUUAUAAACAACAGCAACCCGCAACGAGCCACAAUGAAUCUUCUUCUAAAAUGGAUUUUAGAUCGUUUGAGAUAUUUAUUGGAUCACUUGCACCUUGGGCUAAAAUAGAUGGUGAAGAUCAAAAUAAUGAAAGACAAUUAAAAGUAGCAAAAAACUUUUUACAUCAAUUAUUUGAAAUAUUUGAUAUUCAUCAUACUCAAAGUAUAAGUUUCCAGGAUACCGUUGUUGGUAUUGGCUCUAUUUAUAAAGGUGAUUUAAAUUCUCAACUAAAGCUAUUCUUUGAUUUGCAUGAUGUGGAUAAAGAUGACUAUCUUAACAAAGAUGAAAUUCUUCAGUUAUCAGAGACAUUACUUUGGAUUUUUAGAAACUACACACAAGACGAAGACUAUCUUAAUGCAGUCUCAACCUUCUUGCGUAAUUCAUUUGAAUAUGCAGAAAUGAAAGAGAAUGAGCCAUAUUUAUCAUUAGCUUCUCUAAGAAUGAUCAUCCUUGCAGAUGAAACACUGGAGAAGUUUUUUGAUCAUGAAUUUGCUCAUUCCUUCCAAUUGACAGAGAAGCCUACAGAGCAACAAAGAAGUCUUGGUAGAGAAAUAUUCGAUAAUUUGCUUGCUACAGGAGCCAAAUUGGCUAAGGCAAGUCGACCCCAAUUAAGAUCAAAGUCAACAGAUGCAUCUAUUUCCUCCGAAUUACAAAAUAUUACACUUGAAGAGGAUCAUGCUAUGCUUGAAGAAAUUCUAAAAGAAGAAGCAACAAAAGAAAAAGAAGAAGUAGAGGAAAUAAAGAAAGAAGUGAUAAAAGAGAAAGAAGAAGAGAAUGAGUCAUUGACUGAUAAACACGUUAUUGGUAGUGACGAUUCUGAUAUAUCAGAAGAUGAAGACCUCAGUCCUGAUGUCUUGGAAGAAGUAGAUAGGUUAUUAAAAGAAUAUGAUGAUGAAGAUGAUUAAAGAAUAAUAAAAGAAAAACUACUUUGAAAAAAAAAAAGGGAGGAAGGAAUGUAC